GCCAACAGCCCGAGCGGCGGCACCACCUCGGCGGCGGCGCUGGGCCGGGCUCCCCUUUCGCGUCUUUCUCGCCGCCUUUUCCUGUCUGCAUCCUCUCCGGUCCUCCCCCCCACCCCCACGCCAUUUUCACCCGGGAGGAGAUCGACGGGACUUUCCUGAAACUUCGCGGGGGAACUCGCCUGGCGCCUCCGGGGGGCCCCCACAAACUUUUUGCGGCGGCGCCCGCCUCUCCCUCUCCGUCCCUGGCCCUUCGGCUGCGGCGGCUGCUCCCGCGGGAAGUUUCCGAUGAGCGCCCCUCCGCUGAUCCGGCCGCCCAGCCCGCUGCCGCCGCCGGGGGCUGCUGCCGGCGGCGGCGUCGCCUUCCACCUCCAGAUCGGGCUGAGCCGGGAGCCGGUGCUGCUGCUGCAGGACUCCUCGGGGGACUUCAGUCUCGCCCACGUCCGGGAAAUGGCUUGCUCCAUCGUAGACCAGAAGUUUCCUGAAUGUGGUUUCUACGGAAUGUAUGACAAAAUCCUGCUCUUCCGCCAUGACCCUACCUCUGAAAACAUUCUCCAGUUGGUGAAAUCAGCUGCAGAUAUCCAAGAAGGAGACCUAGUUGAAGUUGUCUUAUCAGCUUCUGCUACAUUUGAAGACUUUCAAAUCCGGCCCCAUGCUCUGUUUGUUCAUUCGUAUCGAGCGCCAGCCUUUUGUGACCAUUGUGGAGAGAUGCUGUGGGGGCUGGUGCGCCAGGGACUCAAAUGUGAAGGAUGUGGUCUAAACUACCAUAAGAGAUGUGCAUUUAAAAUCCCAAACAACUGCAGUGGUGUACGGAAAAGACGCCUGUCAAAUGUCUCCCUAACAGGACUCAGCAGUGUUCGUACAGUUUCUGCAGAACCCUCACCCAGUGUGCCGGAUGAAGUGCUUCUGUCUCCUGUCAGCCCUGGCUAUGAGCAAAAGACACCGUCAGAAUCAUUCACUGGGCGAGAGAAGAGGUCAAAUUCACAGUCUUACAUUGGACGACCUAUUCAACUAGACAAGAUUUUACUAUCUAAGGUUAAAGUUCCUCACACUUUUGUCAUCCACUCUUACACACGUCCAACAGUUUGCCAGUACUGCAAGAAGCUUCUCAAAGGGCUUUUUAGACAGGGUUUGCAGUGCAAAGACUGUAGGUUCAACUGUCACAAACGCUGUGCUCCUAAAGUGCCAAAUAACUGCCUGGGGGAAGUUGCCAUUAAUGGGGAUCUUCUUAGUCCUGGGGCUGAGUCUGAUGUGGUCAUGGAAGAAGGGAGUGAUGACAAUGACAGUGAAAGAAACAGUGGUUUUAUAGAUGACAUGGAAGAAUCUAUGGCUCAGGAUUCAGAGAUGUCCAUGACAGGAUGCCAUAGUGACAACGGGGAAAUGCAAGAUGCUGAUCUGGAUCAUGAUGAAUCCAACAGGAUGAUCAGCCCUUCAACCAGCAACAAUAUUCCAUUAAUGAGAAUCGUACAGUCUGUGAAACACACAAAAAGGAGAAGUAGCACAGUAAUGAAGGAGGGUUGGAUGGUUCACUAUACAAGCAAGGACACACUGAGAAAGCGACACUACUGGAGACUGGACAGCAAAUGCAUUACACUUUUUCAAAAUGAUACUGGAAGCAAAUAUUAUAAAGAAAUCCCAUUGUCUGAAAUUUUGUCUCUGGAACCUGCAAAAACUUUCACUUUGCUGCCUCAAGGGGCCAAUCCUCACUGUUUUGAAAUAAGCACAGCAAAUAUAGUCUAUUAUGUUGGAGAAAACAUAGAAAACCUCUCAAGUGUUCCACUGAAUAACAGUGUUAUCAGCAGUGGUAUUGGCAUCGACGUGGCACGAAUGUGGGAGAUGGCAAUACAGCACGCCCUGAUGCCUGUCAUCCCUAAAGGGGCAUCGACUGGGUCAGGACCCAGCCUGCACAGGGAUAUAUCCAUCAGUAUUUCUGUGUCAAACUGCCAAGUUCAAGAAAAUGUGGAUAUUAGCACCGUAUACCAAAUCUUCCCAGAUGAGGUAUUGGGAUCAGGACAGUUUGGAAUUGUUUAUGGAGGAAAACAUCGCAAAACUGGAAGAGAUGUUGCCAUUAAAAUAAUUGAUAAACUAAGAUUUCCAACUAAACAAGAAAGUCAACUUCGAAAUGAAGUUGCAAUUUUACAGAACCUUCAUCAUCCUGGAGUUGUAAAUCUGGAGUGUAUGUUUGAGACACCGGAAAGAGUCUUUGUUGUUAUGGAAAAACUCCAUGGAGACAUGCUGGAGAUGAUCUUGUCAAGUGAAAAGGGCAGAUUGCCAGAGAGAAUAACAAAGUUUUUAAUUACUCAGAUCCUUGUUGCUUUAAGACAUCUUCAUUUCAAAAAUAUUGUUCAUUGUGACCUCAAACCAGAAAAUGUGUUAUUGGCAUCAGCUGAUCCUUUCCCACAGGUAAAACUUUGUGAUUUCGGCUUUGCCCGAAUCAUUGGAGAGAAAUCAUUUAGACGUUCAGUUGUAGGAACACCAGCCUACCUUGCUCCAGAGGUGCUGAGAAACAAAGGCUAUAACAGAUCUCUGGAUAUGUGGUCAGUGGGCGUCAUCAUUUAUGUAAGCCUCAGUGGUACCUUUCCAUUCAAUGAAGAUGAAGACAUACAUGACCAAAUCCAGAAUGCUGCUUUCAUGUAUCCACCUAAUCCUUGGAAAGAAAUUUCUCAUGAAGCUAUUGAUCUCAUAAAUAAUUUGUUGCAAGUGAAAAUGAGAAAACGCUACAGUGUCGACAAAACAUUAAGUCACCCAUGGUUACAGGACUACCAAACCUGGUUAGAUUUAAGGGAACUGGAAUGUAAAAUGGGGGAACGUUACAUCACCCAUGAAAGUGAUGACUCCCGAUGGGAACAGUAUUCAGGAGAACAUGGAUUGCAGUAUCCAGCGCACCUUAUCAGUCCAAGUGCUAACCAUAAUGAAAACACCAAGCUAGAAGAAACAGAAAUGAAAGCCCUCAGUGAGCGUGUCAGCAUCCUUUAAGUUGCAUCCCCUAUAAUCUGUCAAAACACUGUGGAAUUAAUAAAUACAUACGGUCAGGUUUAACGUUUGCCUUGCAGAACUGCCAUUAUUUUCUGUCAGAUGGGAACAAAGCUGUUAUGCUGUUACACUGUUGAUAUAUCUGAGUUGCCAAGACAAAUCAACAGAAACAUUUUUGUGUGACCAACUGUGUUGUAUUUACAAAAGUUCCCAGAAACACUAAACUUGUUAUUGUGAAUGAUUCAUGUUGUAUUUAAUGUAUUAAAACCUGUCUCCACGGUGCCUUUGCAAACUAGCAUUUUUCUUGAGCCUCAUUUUGGUAAGAGAGAACUUUCCCAUGAAGAUCUGGGGGUUUUGUUGUGCAUCGUUAGUAUUGUAAUUGUAAGCAAACUCUUGAAGAGUAGAUUAUAACUGCUGUUCUGUGAACAACUUCUACCAUUUGGAUAAGUGCUUUAUUUAGUGUCCUAAGAAUAGAAAAGGCAAACAGUAAUGAUUUGCAUAGAACUGUACAGUUUCAAAACAGAUAACCUGUGUGUAUAUGUUUGUCUAUAUAGAUGCAGAUACACAUACACACAGUAUAACUUGCUCUUAAGCCUUAAUGCCUUAGUAAUGUAAACUGCAGCUUGUCGGUUUGUAUUUCCCCUUUUCUUAAAAUAUUCUUCUCUAAUACGAAUAUUCUCUAGUAUGUACAUUCAGAAGCUAAAUAAUGUGUUGACUUUGUGUAUGUUUUCAAUAAAAGUCUUGUUAAAAUAGGUUCAUUGAUGAAACUUUCUAUUUAAAAUAUCCCUGGAAUGGCAUCCAGAAGUAGAUAAAAUAAAUUAGUUCAUCAUUAAGAAGACCAUGUGGAAGUAGGUAGGAAAAUCUGCUGGCUAACCUCUGUACCUAUAAAACAUAUUUUGUAAGAACCCAUUUAGACUGGUUUUAUAUUGUAAAUUCAAUCAGUUUUGAAACAUACUAAGGAAGUGGGGAAGUUGAGAAUGCAUUAACAGGAGUUUAGUUUUUAAAAAAGUGUGCUGCCUCUGCUUUUCCACUCAGUUUCACUGAACUGAGAAGGCACUGAAGCUCUUUCUUGCUUUCCUUCCCCUGAAAACUUGAAAGAUACUAAUUGCCAUUUCUAACAAUUAGUGUUCCAAUGCUAAGCCAUUUAGCUUUAACAGUGAGAAACGUUCAGGCUGCACUGUAAAACGUGUGCCAGAGUAAAAAGUGAAAAGCUGAAAAUUAUUCUAUGCCACAGUCUUUAUCUGAAAAAACAGUUUAUAUGUAGAUAUUGAAGACUGAUGUUAAAAAUGUAAAGAUACAUUGGGUGAGAGGCAGAAGUAUGCAAUGAUAAGAAGAACGUAUGAUAAACCUCCACUGAUCCAAUCUCAGCUUUGUUACAAUCAUGAGCUCUGGUAGAUAAAUCCAUUCUUUUGUUAAGAAGAACUUUGUCUAGAGAAAAUUUUUACCAGAUACAUAACAUGACUAAAAUCAGAAGGAUUUUUCUUAGUGUUUUGCACCCCUGCUGGACAGCUAGUGUGUACUGUAGAAGAAAUGAAGAAAAGGCACCUUUAUUUAAAAAAAAAAAAAAAAUUAGAAAAUUUAAAAGUAUUGUGAAAAAUUAUUUAUAAAUCUCUUCUCCCUACGGCCCACCUUCUUCUCUCACUACCAAAAAAGGAGAAAUCCAUUUCCAUUUCAGUUUUACCCUGAAAGAAGCUCUCUGAUGACACUGGCCUUGUGACGUGUUCUGAAGCAGCUCUUGUUGGGCGAGUUCAAAUGUGUUGAGUAUUCUGCCAUGCUGUAUUUUCUGCCAUAUCUAUAUUUUCAGUCAGGAUAUUUCUACAAGACUAAAAUUUGGCUAAUCACUGGCCAUUGUUUAUUUUUCUUUCAACCUUAUGCUUAAUCUUCAAUCAACUGUAAAGUAAACAUAAAAAUAGACUCAGGCUGAUUAUCAAAUUUCUGUCAGUAAACGUGUAUAUUUAAAAGACAUGUGUAUGUUUAAAACACGUGUAUGUUUAAAAGAAGUCCACUUAAAGAUGCACUGGUGGAUUCAUGAAUAUAUAAAGAUUGUAUUGCAUUCUAGAAGGACUCCAGGAGUCAAGUCAAAAGGAAAAUUAUCAAAAUCGUACCAACUUUGUUCAGGUACUGAUAUUGUGACUAUUCAUGAGGAUACAGGACUUCACAAAAGUGCCUUAAUUUUGUUUCAUUCCUCUAUAUUAACCAGUAACAGAGAUUUAGAGCUCUGCUUUCAUACUGAUCAAUUUAGGUAAGUCAGGUUUUUAUUAGUGGCUUGGUUUCAUUUACAAUUAAGUGUAAUUGGGUGUAAAAUUCAUUUACAAUUAAGUGUACCAACUCGUGAGCAAAGGUAAUUUUCAACAACAGAAAAAUUCUAAAAAAUAUCAGAUAGCAUACUGUCACUCUGUUCUCAAGCAUGGACAGUAGUCAAGAGAUAAAAGAGAAAGCAAACCACUGCAACUUGUAAAAGCAUCUCUAAGAAACUGGAUGACAAAAAUGAAAACAGUGCAAGUUUUAAUUGGAAGGACAUGGAAGGAAGAACAUGAGUACUUAUACUAAAUCCUAACAUCUGCUGAUUUCUGCCAUGACAACAGUUAGCAUGUGUAUUUUUUUUGCUAAUCACAGACUUACAGUAAUAAACUUAUUUAAUCUCAUGGAGCACUUUUGAUAAAAUGUUUGCCAACGGAACAGAGACAAAA